AUGGUUUAUACUGAGAAGCAAUGGGGCUUCCAACAAUUUUGGAUUCAACUACCGUUUUUACUCCCUGAACAUAUGAAUGUGGAUGCAGUUACAAAAAUAAGAGAAAUUAUGGGAGAAGUGGUUGCAUUAGAGCCAAAAGAUGCUAUACCUGUAGGUAGUGACCUAGUCAAAGUAUGUGUCAAUAUUGACCUCACAAACCCACUAAGAAGAGGAGUCAAAACAAUAACCAAUGCUGGUAUUACUCGCUGGAUCAAGUUUUUUUAUGAACGACGGCCUAGUGGAAUAUGCACUGAAUGCUAUGUCAUCAAGCACUACAGAGGAGCAUGUAGGGAUGCUUCAAUUUUUUUGGCCAAGGCUCAUGAAAAGCCAUAUUUCUUUGGUAAAGAAAACAGUCUCCGGAAAAGCAUUGUCCCAGCAUCGACAUCAAAAGUUCCGGCUGCUAGGAAGAAUCCAAAGAAUUUUGUGAAAUCAACCAUUUUUGUCCCUCCAAAGGACGGUGUAGCUGUGAAUAUGAACUUUCUGCUAAAGGAGAUUGUUCCGAAUGAAAGUGAAGAUGAUAUCAGACUAGGCAAAAGACAAAGAGCCAUGGAAGAUAAUGAUAAGAUUCAAGAUCAGAGUGACACUGCACCUUCGUCCAGUAACGUUGACAUCAUCAUGAACAAUCAAACAGCUCAGGGGGUCACAAUCGGAGACACAAAGGUUGUUAACGCAGAAAAGGAAAAACAUGUUAACCCUAAACUGAGUUAA